AUGGAUCUACUAGAUACCACAGCUGCACAACGAAGUAAAGCGACGCGCUCAUCGUUAGCAUGUCUACCUUGCCGCUCGCGCCAUCUCAAGUGCGACGGCAAGCGCCCGCAAUGUAGUCGUUGCAUCGAGGUAGCAAAGCAAUGCCAUUAUGCUCAGUCCCGACGUGGAGGGGCCCACCGAUCGACCUUGGCAGAGCGACGCAGUCAAGCUGCAGUUGUUGAUGGAGUUGCUUCUUUCGAAAAUCUCCCAACGCCUCCGAUAUCCCACCUUCCACCUGCAGACCACCAGAACAACCAGGACCAGAGCCCUGCCUAUCGACUGACAGAUGCCAACCUGUUUAACAUUCAGGAUGAAGACCUCAGCACUCAGAGCUCAGGGACAGUCUCGCCGACAGCACCUCUGGAGCAAUACUACAGCAUCAAGGGAGACAAACUCAUCGACGCAUAUUACCAGAAUUUCCAUAGAUUCCAUCCCAUGGUGCUACCUCAACGGCACCUGAUACGACUCUACCAAGAUCGAGACCGGCAAGACAGCUUCAUGCCCCUAAUUGCAGUUUUACGUCUCAUCGGUCAGUUAUAUGAAUCACAGUUGUGGUCCACCGAGCUGCAGGAGUUCGUUGAGACCUGCUUCGGCCGAGCAUCCCCAACCGAUCCGGUCAUGGCACAAUGCCGGCUACUGUACUCCAUAGUCCUAUUCUGGCAGGACCACAAAGCCAAGUCGCAAUCGGAAUGGAAAGCUGCUGCCCAGCUGGCCCUCGAUCUCGGGAUGCCCCGACAAGAAUUUGCAGUACAGCAUGGAAGCGGAGACCCUGUCCUGACGGAGUGCUGGAGGAGGACAUGGUGGAUGCUCUUCACGAUAGAUGCCUACUAUGCCGGAACAUUAGGAACCAGGGAAUUGACACUCGUGGGAGUCGAGGCGACUGUUGAUUUACCUUGUAGGGAGCCUGAAUACGAGACAGGUGAUAUUCCACCGCCUAAGACUUUGGAAGACUUCAACUGCCGUGAAUUUUUCCCCGAUGCGGAAUUUUCAUCCUUCUCGUACCUCAUAGGUGCUGUCAAAUGCGCUGGCUCGGCAAUCGCUAUGACACCGCGUACUACGGACAAGCAGGCUUCUAUCCAUGUCAUUCAAGAUGCGGAUGCCAUGAUUGAUGGGUGGUUAUUGCUGCUCCCAAAAGACAGGAAGCAGAUUAUGUCCCGAUCAGGAGAAGUCGACGAGCUCAUGUUCCAAGCGCACCUGGUGAUCCAUGUUGCUCUCGUUGGGUUGCAUAGGCCAUUGUCGGAACUGAGAUUCAACGCUGUCGAAGGCCAUUCAAGUUGUGCUCGAGAACCACGGCCAGACAUGGCUGUGACUGAGCAAAUCAGCGUUCAUACUAUCCGGGUGCUGCGAUCAGUAGAGGCUCAGGUCCGCAUUCUAGCACUUCCCGCCCGACCAUUUAAUCACAGUCCGUUCACCACUUGCAUGGUGAGCGAAGGUAUACUCGCGCUACUCUCCGCCUGCAACUUCUUGCUUAAGGGAAAGGAGUUGGGGAUAGCAAGAGAUCAGAUCCGUAUGAUCAUUGGAUGCCUGAAGGCAUUGGGCGAGAUAUGGUCUCGUACAGCAAGAAAUGUAUCGGAAAUUCAAUACAUCGCUCGUCAUGUAUUUGGGUUACAGUCCAAGGGGACCAACGAGAACACCCCCAACUCCAGCGAAGGGAGGAAUUCCUCGAGCGAAGAGAUACAGCAGAGAUCUGGGUCUGAUGCCGAGACGCUAAGUAGUGACGCGUUCUGUUCCAUGGAUGCAAUAGGUGAUCUCUGUGGCUGGUUUAGUUCAGAAGAUCUAUCUAGAGAGCUUACGUGGUGGGCCAACGAAUGA